CCCGGAGAAGUAGUAGGAACAACAGAUGUAGAACCGGCGCCAAGCGAAACAAGUGCAGCAGUAACGGAAGAUACGCCAACAACAGAACUAUCACAAACCGAAGGUGGUGCUGGUGAUUCUGUUGAUGAUGAAUACGGACUGUCAUGUGAGGAAAAAGUAAUGACAUUAUUGGCAGCAGUUAAGGAAGAAUUUCGUGAACCAAUCGAGAAUUUAUCAAAUGCAAGAAAGGCGGACACUGAUACAAGAUGUGAACUGAUGCAGAAACUGCUUUCCACCAUUUUUGACAAUGUAAGUUUACAGAUGAAGGAUACUUUAUCUUGUUCAGCUGGACCAUUCCAUUUCAGUGGGAGUCUUCUUUUUUUUUGUUUUGCUUGA